CGAGAGAGAGAGAGAGAGAGAGAGAGCGAGAGAGAGAGAGAGGAGAUGGAAGCGGCGGCUUUGGCGACGAGACCGAUUGUGAAGGUGGCAGCGCUCUGCGGUUCCCUCCGCAAGGCUUCCAUGAACUGCGGCCUCAUCCGCUCCGCCAUUCAGCUAUGCGACGAGUCCAUCGAGGGCAUGACGAUCGAGUACGUGGACAUCGCGCCGCUCCCAUUCGUCAACACCGACCUCGAGGUCGACGGCACGUUCCCCGAGCCCGUGGAGGCCUUCCGGCAGACGAUCCGCGGAGCCGACGCCAUCCUAUUUGCUUCGCCCGAGUACAACUACUCCUUCACGGGUCCUUUAAAGAAUGCUAUUGACUGGGCAUCAAGACCUCCAAACGUAAUGGCAGACAAGCCUGCUGCUAUUAUAAGCGCUGGUGGUGGUUUUGGAGGAGGAAACUCUCAGCUCCAUCUUCGCCAGGUUGGAGUUUUUCUGGAUCUUCAUUUCAUCAACAAGCCGGAACUCUUUGUCCAUGCAUUCCAGCCUCCACCAAAAUUUGACAGAGAUGGAAAUCUUAUUGAUCCUGAGAUUAAAGAACGGCUAAAGCAACUACUUUUAUCGCUCAAGGCUUUCACCCUUCGGCUUCAGAACAAAUGCUGAAUAUUUAGAUCAACUGAACAUUGCAGUUGACCAAUUGAAGCGAUAUAAGUGUUUGUGUUAUUAAGCAGACAAUAUUUGCUGGAUUUACUAUAAUUAUGUUUCCUGUGUUAUUUAUCUGGCUACAUUUGGUGAUUUUACUAAAAUAAGCAGGAGGUCAUGUGAUUUUUCUUUUAAGCUUGUUGUACUGUUCAAUGACUCUGCAAUUUAAUGUUAUUAUUUUUAUCCAGCGUCUCAUCAAA